AUGCCCGUCCUGCUGCAGGCCCACGCCGCCGUGAACCGAAGCUUCACCGGACGCCUCAAGGAUCGUGAGAAGCCUGACGGCUAUUCCUUCGAAGACUUCAUGGCGGACUUCGGCAAGCACUACAAAGGCUCGGAGCUGGAGAAGCGGAAGAGCCUCUUCGAGGCGGCGGUGGCGCAGGUGAAGGAGCACAACGCGCAGGGCCUGGGUUAUAACCUGGGCAUCAACGAGUUUGCCGACUGGACCGCCGACGAGCUGACGAACCUCCGGGGCUACAAGACCCCCGGCUCGCAAGACACUCGAUUCGGCCCCGCUCCGGACUGA